UCCCUGCUAGGCGGUCCCGCGGGCGGGCGGGCGGGCGGCCCGAGGGCGCGGCACCAUGAAGCUGUACAGCCUCAGUGUCCUGUACAAAGGCGAGCACAAGGUGGUGCUGCUCAAAGCCGCGUACGACGUGUCCUCUUUCAGCUUCUUCCAGAGGUCCAGCGUCCAGGAGUUCAUGACCUUCACAAGUCAGCUGAUCGUGGAGCGCUCGGCGAAGGGCAGCAGAGCGUCUGUCAAAGAGCAAGAAUACCUGUGCCACGUCUAUGUGCGAAACGACAGUCUUGCAGGAGUGGUCAUCGCUGACAGCGAGUAUCCACCCCGGGUGGCCUUUACCUUGCUGGAGAAGGUACUGGACGAAUUCUCCAAGCACGUGGACAGGAUAGAGUGGCCCGUCGGGUCCCCUGCCAGCAUCCAGUACACGGCCCUGGACGACCACCUGAGUCGGUACCAGAACCCGCGAGAAGCCGACCCCAUGACUAGAGUGCAGGCCGAGCUGGAUGAGACCAAGAUCAUUCUGCACAACACCAUGGAGUCUCUGCUGGAGCGAGGGGAGCGGCUGGACGACUUGGUGUCCAAGUCCGAGGUGCUGGGAACGCAGUCCAAAGCCUUCUACAAGACAGCUCGGAAACAGAACUCGUGCUGUGCGAUCAUGUGAUGGCAGCCCGCGGAGGCCCCCGUGCCGAGCCGGCCUGGCCGUUCGCAUCAGAACCACAGUCCCUGGAGAAGCAGAGCCACCGUGGAGAGACCCGCGUGGGGACACAUUUUCACUUGGGAGCUCCUGGCAGGAACUGAGGGGUCGUGGAAGGGCCUGGGGCUUGGGAACAUUCAAAUUUACAUGUCCGGUGAUUUUUGAAAAGCUCGUUUGAGGCCCCUGAUGGCGUGUUCUUGGGCCAGAUGAAACCAUAAAUUCGAAUGACUCACAUAGACGCUGCAGGGCUUGUCUCUAACCCGGGAAAGCGACCAGGCCGAGACCCCGGGGGAGGUCAGAGCCAGCCUUGUGGGGGCUGUGUUUGUGCGCUGUGUUCACACUGAGGUAAAGCCGGGGUCACCCUGGCUGCAGGGCUGAAGGGGCAGAGCGGCCCUGAGGGCUGGGGCUGAGCAGGCCAAGAUCCUUGCUGGGAGGAGCCCGGCCACACCGACUCCAAGGCUCCUUUGCACUGGGCCUGGGCGGACUGCUCGCUGAGGGCGCUGCCCACCCCCCACGUCAGACGGAGAUGCCUAUGGGCGGUGGGGCAGGGGUGUCUGCCCCAACUCGCAGCUUAGCCUUGCCUGCCCAGGUCACAGGCACCGGUGCGGCCUCUCUCCACCCUGUUCACCCACCUCUCUGGCAGCGAGACCGUCAUCGUGACCACCUGGGGCCUGCGUGCCUUAGCAAGUGGCCUUUGCUGUGGCCACUGUUCUUAGCCACCAAGGCCGGGUACCGGCCAUUCCGAGGAUUCCCAGUGCCCCACGUGUGGCCUGACCCCCAGCCUGGUCCCCACAGGAGCACUGCUAAGAGGCCCCCCCCCCCCCCAGUGACAGAAGUCCCAGCCCUGAGCCCGUGUCCUCGGGCCCCACUGCCAUGUUUAGAUUGCCUCCCCACGUCCUGCAGUGCUUCCUGAGGAGUGAGCUCAUGGUUUGCCCUGGACCUGGUCCCCGCAGGGUCCCGUCCUCUGGGGUCCUUCCCUGAACAUGCUGAUUCUUGGCCUACCCAAGGUCCCGCUGCCUCUGCACAAAGUGCCAGGCCCGGAAUUGCCUUGUUUGGACCGUAAGGUGACAUCUACAUGCUUCUGAGGACCCCGACCCCUCACCCCAACAGGUUUACGCACUGGUUAUCAUCCCGCUCUGGGCCCUGUGCUGGUCAAAGGAGUUGGCCAGUCUGAGGUACCCCCUGGGGUGCACGGACCCAGCCUGCUCACUGGUGCCCAGGGGGCUGUGACCUCCCCUUAAGAAGGACGCGGUAUCUGACGACUCCAACUUGGGAGGCUGCUGGGGAGAUGCCGGUGUGGAGGCGCGGGUCUGCAGGGAGGGCCGUCGGGAGGGUGGCGCAGGCUCGCGCCCGAGCUGGCAUUUCCCCAGCUCCUGUUGUGGUCUCGUGGGGAAGCAUUUGGCAAAGGGUGUGUUUUAAUAACUGUUGCCUGACUUCUCUGUUCUAUUUGAAAGGUUCUUAUCUGGAUAAAGUUGUCUUUUGAAAUUC